UUUAUUGCAUAUUCCUGAAUAAAGAAAUACAGAGUACACAGGAGGUUCCUCUCAUUGACAAUAUUUUUCUGAAUAGAGAUAUGAUUUGUAUUUUUCACCAACCUAACCUCUUGGCUGUAUGGCUCCUCUUUUUGCUUCCCAUCUUUAAUUUAAUUGAAAGUAAGAAGCUACUAGUGAUACCUCAGGAUGGAAGUCACUGGCUCAGCAUGCGUGCUGUUGUGGAAAAGCUCAGUGAAAGAGGUCAUGAGAUAACGGUGGUGACCCCAGAAAUUAAUUUGCUUUUAAAAGAAUCAAAGCAUUACAAGCUGAAAACAUAUGCAGUGCCAUACAAAAAUGAAGAUCUCAGUGCUGGAUUUCAAAAGUUUGCUUCAAACCUCUUCCAUAAGGUUCCUUUUCCUUUCACAAUUCUUCAAGAAUAUCGGAACAACAUGUAUGUAAUAAAUAUGUUUUUCUACAACUGUGACAGCCUUCUGAAGAACAGACUAAUCAUAAAGUACCUGGAAGAGACUCAGUUUGAUGCACUUUUCACAGAUCCAGCUUUGCCAUGUGGAGUCAUCCUAGCUGAACAUCUCUCCAUCCCUUCUGUGUAUUUCUUUCGUGGAUUCCCAUGCAGUUUAGAACAUGCAAUUUGUAAAUCUCCAAACCCUACUUCCUAUAUCCCAAGAUGCUAUACCAGGUACACAGACCAAAUGACUUUCAUCCAACGUGUGGUUAAUCUGUUUGUUAAUUCUGUAGAAACAUCACUUUUUAAGACUCUUUAUAAUAAGUAUGAAGAUAUUGCUUCAGAGUUUCUACAGAGAGAUGUUCACUUACCAACGCUUUACAGGAAUGGCUCUGUGUGGCUCUUACGAUAUGACUUUGUAUUUGAGUAUCCCAGACCUGUGAUGCCAAAUAUGGUCUUCAUUGGAGGAAUAAACUGCAAGGAAGGAAAUGUCCUGCCACAGAUCCAGCUUUGCCAUGUGGAGUCAUCCUAGCUGAACAUCUCUCCAUCCCUUCUGUGUACUUCUUUCGUGGAUUCCCAUGCGGUU